GCAAUCGUUUGCCAAUUUUUGCUUCGCAGUUGGAGAGAGAGAAAGAUAGAAACAGAGAUUAAGAGAGAGAGAAAAAGAGAGCAAGAUUGAAAUAACACACAUUAAAUUCAAGAUUUCAGCAAAUAACACACAUUCAAAAUUUUAGCCUGUCAAGAAUUCAAGCUUCGCAGUUUGGAAGUGUACGAUUUUAGCAAAUACAGAUUCAUAUAAGAGCCAUCAUCAGCCUGUCAAGAAUUCAAGAUUCCAUUUAUCCAUCAUUUCAUUUUCUCUUUCCUUCUUCUUCGUAGCUUAGAUUUGUCUCAGUUGUUCGCGGAUUAAACUGCAUCUUUAGUUGGGCUUUGAAUUUUUUCAGUUGGGUAUUGAUAUUUUUCAGAUAGAGAUGGUUACUUUCCGUUGUAGUUGCUCUUAGCAACUCUAAGUUAAACACACUCUUGGACCUUACAAACGCUUAAGAGUUGGGAGCAACGCAUAAAGGCCCAAGAACUUUCCUGUGUCAGAGACUCAGAGUAACACAUCACCCACGAAAACUCUUUCUUUCAUCAAUUUCGAGAUGUUCUUUCUCACACGAAGUAAAGAGUGAAGAAAUCAGUAAUCAGUCCGUUCGUUUUUGGUGGCAAAAAAGCCAUGUCAAUUGGGUAUGCACAGAAGCUUUCUGACAAAAAAGAUGUGGGAACUCUUGGAAUGCCUGAGCUUUUUGAUCCUCCUUACAAUUUGCACUAGAAAGUCGAGCAGCUUGCUGUGAUGAUACAGAAGAGUAAAUAUCUUGUAGUUUUCAUAGGUGCUGGCACAUCAACUUCUUGUGGUGUACCUGAUUUUCGAGGUCCUAAAGGAAUAUGGACUCUUCAGCGAGGCAAGGGUGUUCCUGAAGCAUCAUUACUGUUUGACCGUGCAAUGCCAAGUCUGACUCAUAUGGCAUUGGUUGAACUAGAAAAGGCUGGCAUUUUGAAAUUUGUGAUAAGCCAGAAUUUUGAUGGUCUACAUCUUAAAUCUGGUAUUCCGCGAGAAAAACUGGCUGAGCUGCAUGGGAACUCAUUCAGGGAAGUUUGUCCUUCGUGUGGUAUGGAGUAUCUGCGAGACUUUGAGGUGGAAACUAUUGGGUUGAAGAACACACCUCGUCGCUGUGUGGAGGAGAAGUGCAAAGCUAGAUUAAGAGAUACUGUUCUUGAUUGGGAGGAUGAAUUGCCUAGCAAGGAGAUGAAUCUGGCUGAACAACAAUGUGAGAUGGCUGAUAUGAUAUUGUGAUUAGGUACCAGUUUGCAGAUAACUCCAGCUUGCAAUAUUCUUCUAAGAGCUCUCCUUAAUGGAGGGAAAGUUGUGAUUGUUAAUCUUCAGCAAACUCCCAAUGACAAAGAUGCCAGUUUGGUGAUCCAUGGACUUGUUGAUGAGGUGAUUUCAGGGGUAAUGAGCUAUCUAUAUCUCCGCAUUCCUCCAUUUGUUCGAGUUGAUGUCUUUCAGAUUGUCUUUACGAGGUGCGCCAGAUAGUCAGAUAAACGAUUCAUGAAGUGGAGACUUAGGGUGGCAAGUAUACAUGGUCAGAAUGCACCAUUGCCUUUUGUCAGAUCAGUUGAGGUUUCCUUUCCUGGAAGGCCAGAAUUAAAGGUUGCUACUCUCAGCAAGCAACCAUUUUUACUAAAGAGGGAAACAGUUGCGAAAAGAUCAUUUAGCAUUCUGCUGAAGCUGAAUCUUAGUGAUGGUUGUGCAUGUUCUUACACAAGCAUUGAUUUUCCCGUGGACUUUCAGGCGCCCAUAUUAGAUAUCAACUAUGGUAAAGACAUUGUAGAUCAGAAGCUGAAGGAAAUAGCAAUCAGAGACAACUGCUGCGGUCAGCUUUCACUGGUUGAGAUAAGGUCCCUUUCACAGCCAAAGGGCGAAAUUGCUACAUUUGCCGUUGCAACUAACAUGAAUGGGUUUGACAACUUCUCUCCCUACUGCCAAACCAAGAUGCACCAGGACUACGUUGUAGCUGAGAAUGAUGUGCCUGAAAAUAAAAGGUUUAAAGUUAAUUGAUCUACUAUGCGACACUGUUGGCUGUGAUGAAUCUUCAAUAGUCAGGAAUCAUUAUAGCAUUGAAUAGACUUCAGUUUUCCGGGAAAACAAGCAACUUGAAGAUGAAAGUCUACCAAAUGAUGAAUCCAGAAAAGCUCAUGCUCCAAGAUCGUUAGACGAGUGAGUUUUUUUUGGAAAACUACCCUUGUAUAUUCGUCAUAUGUUCAUUAUGGAGCUGUCUGAAGCUGUCGUUUUUCCAUAAAUCUCCUGUUAGGGACAACCUGAUGUUAGAAGUAGACCUGGGAUGAUGUUAUAUUGGUCUAAUGGUCUGGGUUCCACUUGGUUUGUAGAGGCUGCUUUGCUUUGCAUGAUUCAAUGUAAAAAGGAAAACAGGAAGGCCAAAGCCAAGCUGUGCUUGAUAGGAGUGGAUUGGUUUGGUUGAGCUGAUUCUUAGGCUUACUGUGGAUUCCAGUUCCUAUACUGUUGUAUCCCUAGGUAGUACAAAAGUCUGGUAGUUUAAUACACUUCUGACUCAUAUUAUUAGUGGUAGCAAUGGCAACAAGAUCUUUUGGCGUGGUUGAUUAUAUUAUGAUCUAAUUAAAGUUUUAAUUA